AACAGCUGGCUUGUAACAUUUGGGUUUCAUCUCCACAACACGAUUCCUGGGUAUCCAGUUCCAAAGUUUGACCUAAGCGUGCCGUCCUAUGAACUGGGGAAGAGUCAGCUCUGGGAUGAUCUGCCGCCUAUCUCUGGGGUCCAGCAGGAAGUAACCAGACAAGCGCAUUCUCUCUUGUCGUUUGAGCGGCUGCCUGAGGUCCAUCUCCGUCGAGGUCGAAGAGGUGAAAAGUCUUGGCUCUGGUUCUCAGCUGCAAAGUCUCCCAUCGGAAGAGCUGUUAUGUUUGCCAUCUACAAGGGCAGUGUCCACACUCACACACUCAACGUGGCAAGUGAGGAUUGCAUUAAGGUUGCAACAAUCCUUAACAACGCCUUUUAUCUGGAAGACCUCCACUUCACCAUUGAAGGACGAGACACACACUACUUUGUCAAGCCAGGCCUUCCAGAUUCUGACCUAGCUUCACUGCACCUCACCAGUGGACACAAGACUCUAGAGAACGGUGUCAAUGUGACUGUGUCUCAGUCCACCACAGUUAUGGACAGCAGGACUCGCCGUUUUGCCGAUGUAGAAAUUCGGGCCGGUGCUCUUGCUUUUCACAUCCGCUAUGGCUCAACGGUGGAUGAGGAGAAAGUGAGGGUUAUUGAGAUGGCACGUCAGCGUGCUCUAGCGGGAGCUUGGGCCCGAGAGCAGCAACGAGUGCGAGAUGGCGAGGAGGGGGUUCGCCCCUGGACAGAAGGAGAAAAGAGGCAGCUACUGAGCAGUGGAAAGGUUUUGGGCUACGAUGGAUACUAUGUGCUCUCCAUCGAGCAGUACCCAGAAUUAGCAGAUAACUCUAAUAGCAUCCAUUUUCGUCGGCAAAGUGAAAUUGGAAAAAGGUAACAAUUUGAGGUGCAUUGUUUGCCAAAGAGACCUUGUUUUGGUAGAGAUGUAAAAGUGGACACGAUGAAAAGCAACUGUAUGGAAUAGUUCUUUAUAUGUACAUUGGGUGUUGCUUUCUUUUGUAAAAAAAUAAAUAAACAGAAAAGUAAAAGAAAAAAAUGGAAGAAAUAGGAACAAUGGGUCAAAAACAAUGCUGUGCAUUGUGGCCUAAAGACUUCAGAAUAAAUGACGACACUAAGCCUUAACAUGGCAAUUACAGGUGAGUUCCUCUGUAGCACAAGCCUUCUGGACUCUGGACUGAAGCAGAGGAACAACAGUGCUUUUAACAAGACGCUAAGGUUAUGUAGGUGUUUUAUGUUUGAUUUUUAUGUUCUCAUUAAAAAAAAAAAAAAAAGCUUGGCUUAACGGAGUGUUAUGGGAACAGAGGAAAUGUUUACAUAAUGCAUAUCUGCACUUUUCUACAAGUACCAGGCUCAUGGAUUCACGGAGCGAGCAGUGUUCUCAAACAAAUGUUUGGUUCUUCAAAUCAGAGACUACUGACGUUUAAAAUACUCUCACCAAACCACUAUGUAUACCAGAUUUAGCACUGUAAACAUCAAAAUGUUCUUAUUUUCUUUGAGUUGCUCUUGAAUGGAACAAAAGACGCUUCAAUACUUGAUGGUGAUUGUGGAAAAAAGUGCAGAGAGGUGUGACGAACUCUUGAAGAUGUGGAGCAGCACAGGUGUGUCUUGGGUUUCACAGGGACACCAUGUUUUGUAAAUUAUCCAAGGAUUUUAUGCAUUUUUGUUGUUUCUUUUUAAGAAACUGAAUAUAUGUCUGUACAAGUCAUUAACGGUAAUUAUGUUGUGUUUAUACAUAAAUAAAGUCA